CAGAGGCGUAAUGAGCGUACAGUAACCUGGUAACCUUGGGGGACGCCCCAGCCUCGGCCUGAAGCCAUGGAUCUAUCAAUAAAUACGUCCUAUUGAAUUGCGUUCUAAUUGCGGGUUUUGUUGUAAUUUGCAAUGUGCACUAAACUAUCAUAGCAAAUCCCAUUUUUCCAUUUUUCCAGCGAAUGCCAUGCUUGACACGUGCAAACGUGCACGGGUCUGGGACUACGCUGCACAAAACGCCAGCUGCAUCAUUCUACACUACACCCGGCAAUCUGCACUACACCCGGUCCCAACUCUUCCGAUCACACGCACCCUUCGACUCUUUGUAAGGAAAUUCAAAGGUCCCACCAGGGGAGGGAAAUUUUAAGGCCCUACCCCCACAGGCACCACUGUAUCAACGCGCCCACGAUGCCACGGUGUCGGGAAAACGGUGCUGGCCAAGGUCCUACUUGCCCUUUGAGCCCCGCACGAAACACAAUGGGCGCCCGCGAUAUGACCUGCCAUACUUGAUCCUUUCGCUGUAUAGCUGCGAUAGCUUUCACCGCCCACACGGGACGUUGCAUUAUGCAACUCUUAAAAGGUUCUGGACGCACCUUGCUGCAAAGUCAGCUGCAAAGUGUGCAUGUCUGAAUGUCUGUCGCUCUAGUCAAUUCAAUAAUGGCUUCUUGAUAGAUUAGACGACUGAACGAAAAUAUUACAAAACAGAUGUCGCAAACUAUCAAGACUGGCGCGCGUGAGGUGGCCGCGAGUUUGGCGGUCACAAUGGCGCUGCUCGUGUCGUGCUUUCUGUACCUGCGGAACGACAUCAUGGUCUCUCAGCAACCCUGUGAAAUGACAUACAUGUACGCUCAAUACGAGCCGGUGGACAUGCCUGCCGAAUUGCUGAUCUCGGCGGGCACGCGCGCGCGCUCAGCCGGAGCCUCGUCGCGCUCCAGCAACGCCUCCGGGUGGCAUCGCGGCGACUCGGUUGCCCAGCAGGAGGUGCCGGCCUGGGGUCGCGACAUGACCGCAGCCGCAGCACGCGUGGCGGAGGUGGCAGCGGAGCUUGCUGGCGACCGCCACCGUCUGUGGCGCUACACCGGCGAGAGCAGCCACGGCCCAGGCACGGACCCGAGGGCGCCGCCGGCGCUGCCCAUUCUGUUCAUCCCGGGGAACGGCGGCGCACACGAAAUGGGCCGCUCGCUGGCCUCGGAGACGGCUCGGCGGCUUGGCCGGCUGGGCCCCGGCGCCAGGCUGGCGGGCGCGGGGGCGGACUGGUACCUGAUGGACCUGGAGGGGGAGUGGAGCGCAUUUGACGGAGACACGCUGGAGCGGCAGGUCAGCUUCAUGCUAGCAGCCAUGCGCCAUCUGGCCCGAACCUACAACAUUACUACCGCCUGCAGUAGCGACAGCAGCAGCAGCAGCAGUAGCAGUAGCAGUAGCAGUAGCAGUGGCAGUAGCUGCCGGCCCCGCACGGGCGCUACAGCCCACCCGGGAAUGGUGGUGGUGGGGCACUCCAUGGGCGGGGUGGUGGCGGCGGAGGCCAUUGCGCGCGCGGCGGCGGAGCCCGACCUAGGCCCCUCCCUGGUGGCGCUGCUGCUGACGCUGGGCUCGCCCCACGCACGGCCCGCGGUGCCCGGCCACCCCUCCCUGCUGCGCUUCUACCAGCGGGCGGCGGCAGGGGCGGCAGGCGCAGGCGCAGGCGCAGGGGCGUCGGGGGCGGCAGGAGUCGGGGCCAGGGGGCGGCCGGUGGUGCCGGUGGUGUCGAUUGGCGGCGGCGCAGCGGACGUGCAGGUAGCGGCGGCGCUGACGGACCCCUCCUCGCUGGCCCCCGCCGGCCUGUCCCGCGGUCUGUCGCUGCCCGCCGCCAGCCCCGGCGCCUGGUGCCCGGCCGCGCACAACAGCCUGGUGUGGUGCAACCAGCUGGUGGCGGCGCUGGGGCAGGCGCUGGUGGACAUGGCGCAGGACGCGUUUCCCAGUCUGGACGCCGCCCGUAAACCCGUCCCAACAGCCGCCACCGCCGCUGCCGCCAACAAGCCACCGCGGCCGGGCCCCUCGGGCCCCGGGGGCGAGCUCGCGACCGCCGAGUUGGACGCGGCCUUGCGGGAGGGCCACCGGCCCGACAGCGCUGACGGCGGCAGCGGCAGCGGCAGUAGCAGCAGCUAUAGCAGCGAUGGCAGUAGCAGUAGCAGCAGCGGCAGUAGCAGCCCGCCGCCGGCGGUGUGCGGCCCCGAGGGACUGGGGCGAUGGAGCUGGGCGCUCCGGCGCGUGGAGGCUCGGCUGGGGCACCCCGCCCAGCCCUACCUGGCUACAGCCCUCAUGGCUGCUACAGCCGCCGAGGCCCGCCGAGGCCCCGACGCUACUGCCGCCACUGCUACUGCCUCCGAGGCAGCAGCACAGGCAGAAGCUACAUCCGAGCUGCUGCGCCGGGCCAAGCCGGCGCUGGCGCCCGCCGCCGCCGGCGGCGCCGCCUGCGGCGGCGCCAACCUCGCCUGGUACCUGCAGUACCAGAGCCCGGCGGCGCAGCCGCGCCAGGGCCGUACGGCACUGCGGUUACUGCCGUACGAUCUGGUGGGCGCGCCCGGCACUGGCCGUACGUUUUCGUGGCGGUUGGGCCGCUGGCAGGGCGCCGGCGACGCCUCGCGCCUGCCUCGCGGCUGGUCGGGCUGGCUGUCGGGCGCCCAGCCCUGCACCGCGUUCCGAGUGUGGCUGAGUGUGGUUGUGGAGCAGCCCGCUUCACCGGCUACUGCUACUGCGGCUGCUGCUACUGCUGGUAGCAGCAGCGGCAGUAGCAGCAGUAGCAGUGGAGGGAGCGGCGGCGAGGGGCGCGAGGCGCUGGAGGAGCUGGAGGCGGAGGUGCGGCGGGCGGCGGCGGCGCCGGCACGCACGCUGCGGCACGACGUGGAGGUCACGGCGCUGGCGGCGCCGCUGCCGGCGGUGGUGCCGGAGGGGCGCUGGCACGUGCGCAACCGCUCGGCCUGGGGCGAAAUCCAAGGGGGCCGUGACUACCAGUCCCGCGCUGCCUGGCUGCUGCUACUGCCGCCCGCCCUCGUGGAGCCGCUGCUGCAGCUACAGCCCGGCGCGCCGCCGCUGCGGCCGGCGGGGGCUCUGGGGGGCGGCAGUAGCAGCAAGCCCACGGUGACGCUGACGCUGACGCUGUGGCUGGCGGCGGCGCCGUCGUAUGAGCCGGCGUUUCGGGUGGUGGCGGCGCCGCUACUGCCGCCGCACGAGCCCGCCGACCGCCCCCUGCCCCUGCGCCCCUCGCCCGGCUCCCCCGAGGUCGUGCUACAGCGCCAGCCCCGCGCCUCCUCCCUGUCAGCCGCUGCUACCGCCGCCAAGAAGAAGGGCGCCGGCGCGCCGCCGCCGCUGCUACUGCCGCUGCAGCUGCCGCACCUGACGCCGCCGCUGCUGCUCCCCAUCCCCGCCGGCGGCGCUGCGGCCUCCAGCAGCAGCAGGGGCAGCAGCGCCGGCAGUAGCGUCAGCAGUAGCGGUGAGGCCGGCAGUAGCAGGACGUACACGCUGGAGGACGGGUCCGCUAUCCGUGUGGAGCGGGCGCUGGCGGGGGAGGCGGCGGCGGCGUCGCCGCUGCGGGCGGCGCUGACGGCGGCGGCGGUGCGGUGGCUGGGGCUGUGGCGCUACGCCGCCCUCCGAAUCACCGCGCUGGACUCACGUGGGAGACCGCUGCUACAGCCGCCGAACGCUGGGAGCGCGGCGAAGGGAGGCGGCAGGAGCCAGCGCCGGCGCCCGAGUGUGGCUGGGAAAGGGGGCGACGAGGGGGAGGAGGAGGAGGCGGAGGAGGAGGAGGAGGGCGGCGCGGGCGCGGGCGUGGGCUCCUGCCUCUAUCCGGUGGUGAUGCUGGUGGGAGGCAGUAGCAGUGGUGGCAGCGGCGGCGGCAGUAGCGCGUCUGACUGGCAAGCUGCGACACUGCUUCAGGUGAGCGCCAACCACACCUACCACUCCCUGGAGCCCUGCGCCGCCGCCGGCCCCGCCGGCUGCGCCGCCGCCGCCGCCCUUUUGGAUCCAGCCUGCGCCCACCGCGUGGAGGUGGUCCCCUUCCUGGCCGCCCGCCUGCAGCAGCUGCUGGGAAGCCAGCUAGGAAGACUCUGGCUAGGCGCCCAGCUGGCGGCGCUGGCGGCGGCGGGCGGCCUGGCGGCGGCGGCGGCGGCGAGGAGGCGGGCGGCUGCCGCCGCCGCUGCUGACGCAGCGGCGGCGAUGGUGGAUGGUGGCGAUGGAGGCGUGUCGGCGGGAGCUGGGGAGGAGGGUGGCGGCGGAGGUGGAGGCCGGUGGCGGCGGCGCGGUGGCGGCGUUGGGUUUGGCGGCUGGCCGCUUCUGCCGCUGGAUGCCUUGGAUGUGCUGGCAGAGGUGAUGUGGCGGCGGCCGGUGGCGGCGGCGGCGGUGCUGCUGGCGACGGCCGCCACCACCGCACUGAUGGCACACGCUUCCUCCGCAUGGGCCGCGGCCGCGGCGGCGGCGGCCGCGGCGGCCGAGGCCGGCGCCGAGGCUGCGGCGGCAGCCGGUGGCGACGUGGCGGCAGCGGUGGAGGCGGGCCUGGCGGCGGUGGCGAAGAGCUGCGGCGCGCUGGCGGCGGCGUGGCCGCUGGUGCGCAGGGGCGCAGUGGCACUGGGUCUGUGCCCGCUGCCCCACCUCGCCGGCUGCGGCUGGGGCGCGUCGGUGUCGGAAUGGCCCGGCGGCUUCAGUGCCUGGCUGGCGGCUGCCACAAAUGCCACGGCAUCAACAACAGCAGCCGCGGCAACGGCAACGGCGGCGGCGCCUGUGGUGCUGGCGGCGCCGCCGCUGGAUGGCGAAACCCUGGCCGCGCUGGACUGGGCGCUCCUGGCGGCGGCGGCGGCGCUGACGGCGUGGCUGCUGGCGGCGCCGCUGCAGCUGGCGGCGGCGGCCGCCACCGCCGCCGAGGCCGCACUCGGCGCGGCCUGGUGGUUGGCCGCCGUCCUGCCGUACCGGAUUGUAACGGCGCCCAUGGCGGCGGCGCGGCGGCGCCGCCAGGCGGGCUCGUCUGGAUCUGGAUCCACGGGUCCGGCGGCGCCUGGCGGCGGCGGCGGAAGUGGCGACGUGGUGCUUGGCCCGGCGGCGCGCGCCGGCCUGGCGGCGGCGGCGCGGUGCUCGCUGCGCGCGGCGGCGCUGGCGGCGGCGGUGGUUCUGGCCGGCCACGCCGCCGCCGCCCCGGGCGCGGUGCUCUUGGCGGCGGUGCUGUCGCUGGCGCAGGCGCUCAGCUCGCCGGCGGCGGUGCUGCCGUCGCCGCCGCCGCUGCCCAAGCCGCCGCGCCGGCCGGCGGCCGUCGCCGCCGGCAAGAGGGCCGGCGCCACAGGCGCCGGUGCCGCCGCCGCCGCCGCCGCCGCUGCAGGGAGUGCGGGGCCGCCGCCGGAUGGCGACAACGCCGCGGCGGAGGUGGCGGCGGGCGAGGACGUGCCGCAGGAGUGGUGGCGCGACGCGUGGUGGGACGAGCCGUGGCGGGAGGACAUGAACGAGCCGUGCUCACGUGAUGGAGACGGUAACAUGGCGGUUGGUGGCGUGGCGAUGGCGGGCGGGCAGCGGCGGCGGCGGUUGACGACGGCCACGGCGGCGGGCCGGCGGCGCCGGGCGGCGCUCCAGGCCCAGCACGCGGCGCACGAGGCAGCGGUUGCCGUACGUCACUGCCGCCUGGCGUGGCUGCUGUACUACGCCGCGUACGGCGCGUGCGCGGCGCCGGCGGUUGUUGCCGUACUGCGGCGGUUGGUGCUGCGGUGGGCGGCGGUUGGGCGGCUGGCGGGCGCGGUUGGGGAGGCGGCGCUGGCGGCGGUGUCGGCGGCGUCGGGCGGGCAGGUCCUGGGCGUGGCGGCACUGGCGGCUGGCGGGUUGCGGGAUGCGGUGGUAGGCGCGCUGGCGGCGGCGUGCGGCGGAGCGGCGGCGUGGGUGGGUGACCUGGCGGCGGGCGGGGGAGUGGGGCAGGCGGGGUACGUGUUGGCUGCCCUGCACUGUGCCGCGCUGGCGGUGGCGGCCGCUGCGGAGGCGGCGAAGGGCCAUGCGGCGGCGGCGGCGGAAGCCUCCGGUAGCGAUGGGUCGGCAGCGUCGGGGCGGAGUGGUGGCGCUGGCAAGGCCGGUGGCGGGGGCGGCGCUGUUGCUGGCGGCGUGCAGGCAUCAAGCAGUGGGGCAGCAGUGGCGCAAGGGCGGGGGAGCGGUCGCUGGGCGGUCUCCGCAGCAAUCCGAGGGCUGGCGGUUGUGGCCGGGUGUGUGGUGCUGGCUAUGGCCUGGUGGCUGGGCGCGGCAGAGGCGGCGCACCUGGUGGCGGCGGGUGUGGCUCUUGCGCAGCUGGUGCUGGUGCUGCAGGCGGCUUCCUAGGAGGUGGGGUAGAGCGUGGUCAGGUCAGACUGUCAAUGGAAGUCGUUCACGUUAGGGACACGGAAGCCAUUUUGCGUGCGCGGAACACUUCUCGCUCCGCCCGAGUUUUCCAUUGCCUAGGGUCGCUGUGAGCGACAGCCUGGUUUAUUUCCAUGGCAUUCCUGUGUUGUUCAGGUACUCGCUUAUGGCGUUGGGUAACGGAGCCGAACCGUUCCUGAUGGGUUUCGAUCUUGCGAUCUUGAUGGUCCUCCGGCACCCAACUCCGGCAGCGUGGCGCAAGACCACGCGCGUACAGAGCCCACGGGCGGGCGGCUUUUAGCUGGUAGAGGUUACAUGUGGGACGACAGCCGUGGACUACGCCAGGGCCCCAAAAACGUACGAGACACGCACGCUCACCUGAGGAGAGAUCCCCGAAUGACCCCCAUGCUCCUCGCCUCCGGAGAGGGGAGGAGCAUGAGGAACCUUAUGGCGUUGGGUUGGGCAGCAUUAGCAGUGCAGGUCGGCCGUUGCUUGCUUCCACAAGGGCUUCCUCAAGGCGGAUAGCUGCUGUGGCCAGCUGCUUUUGUGUAAUGGGCAGGGCGACCUCGGCCCACCGUUGGGUCUGCUGCUGGGAGGCUGGGUUCCGGGCGCCGGCCUGUGGUGCCGGCCAUAGCUGUAUGUAGGUCCGCGGCUGGUAACUCUGCGGGGACUGGUUUGAGGUCGAAGUUGCCUGCAACUGCACUGGUGUAUUCACGCGCUUCUAUGCAUGCAGCGUGCGUGGCAGGGCAUAGGAGGAUGUCAUCGAUGCGACUGUGGUAUGGGGCCAUGCCCGGGCGUGAUUGUUUAUAUGACCAUUCGGCGGUGGUAGUGGUGUCUCCGCGGAUAGGGUGCAGGCCACUAUCGGCAAGGAACCGCUGGUGUGCCCGGUCCGCCGUGUCGAUGGGACUGUCCCGCUCAUGUGCUCGGGUGAUGGCAUUUAAGUCUCCCGCGGUGACUAGGUGGUGUCCGCACGCGUCCGCCCGGCCUAUCACGUCCGUAUGUGUCGAUUGCCUUACUUGCGGUUUGCAUGCCCUCUCGUGCAUAGAUGCCCUGCACAUUGAGAGGCGUGCACCCGGGGGUCUUCAUUUGAACGUGUAACACGUAGCCAUGGAGUGUUGGUGGGGGCGUGCGGUGUGUGACACAGCCAAGGUCACUGUACCAGGCGGAGAUGGCCACAGCUACUCCAGUGCUACCGCGCGCUGUGGCCGCGCGGGGAGUAGCGCUACAGUAAAGGCGGUAUCUGUAGCAGUACCUAGCCCACCCCGGACAUAACUCACUGUAGAGACUGGCAAGGGGUUGGAGAUGUCCAACGGAUGAGACUUGGGUGACUGCGUAGUCACUAGACGACUCGUAA